AUGAGAGAGGAAAACCAUAGGAAAGAGCAAAGCUUGUCUAUGGGGUGGGAUAAUAAUGAUGUCACUGUGAGCAUUGUGGAGGUGAGGCAGCAAGUGGUGACAAUAAAAAUUGAGAGUGCGGAAUGGGAAAAAGAAGCAUAUGUGUCUUUUGUUUAUGCAAGCUGUAAUGUGAGAGAGAGGAGGGAACUAUGGGACUGUCUGGAAAACCUAGCUAAGGGGGAGAUAGGGCAGAAUAGUUGGGCAGUGAUGGGGGAUUUUAAUUGCAUUCUGAGGGUUGAGGAAAAGAAGGGGGGUACCCCCUAUAGAAUAGCCAAGAGUAAAGAGUUUCAGGAAUGUAUUGACAGAGCAAUGUUGAGUGAGGUUGCCUAUUAUGGUGGGACUUACACAUGGUGGAAUGGGAGAGAAGGUGAUCAAGCAGUCUGGAAACAGUUAGAUAGGUGCUUGGUGAACAAUAAGUGGGAGGAUGGGAGAAAAACAUAUACUCAGUAUCUAUCAAAGGCUUAUUCAGACCACUCUCCAAUGGUGGUCAAUAUGGAAGCACAAAUAAAGAUGGGAAGGAAGCCAUUUAUAUUUUUGAAUGUUUGGAGUGAUCAUGAGCAGUUCAUGGCAGUGGUAAAAGGAGUGUGGAGUCAAGAAAUUCAAGGAAAUGCUAUGUUCAGACUUAAAACAAAGUUAAAAAAUUUGAGAAUGGAAUUGAAAAAAUGGAACUGGGAAACUUUUGGCAAUAUAUUUGAGAAGGUGAAGGAGCAGGAGGAGAAGAUGGAGACUGUGGAGAAAGGGUUGCAGAAUGACCCCUCUGAGAAUAACCUGAUUCUCUAUAAAAAAACACAAGCUGAGAUGAAAAAGGCUUUGACGGUGGAAGAGAAAUAUUGGCAACAAAAGGCACAUAUGCAGUGGGUGGUUGAGGGAGAAAAAAAUACAAGAUACUUUCAUGGGAUGGUGAGGGAAAGAAGGAGAAAACAGACAAUACAUAAGAUAAAAAAUGAAAAGGGAAAGUGGGUGGAGGAACAAGAGCAGAUAGCCAAUCUGGCAGUGGGGUUCUACCAGAAAUUAUUUGAAGCUGAGGAGACUCAGCUUGAUCUAACCAAUUUUGAAUGUUUGCAGGAAAGAGUGACUGAGGAAGAGAAUGGAAAGCUGGUGCAAAUACCUUCAAUGGAGGAAAUAAGGAGCUGCAUCUUCAAUAUGAACCCCAACAGCUCACCUGGUCCUGAUGGAUUUGGUGGAGGAUUCUAUCAAAGCUGUUGGGAAGUCAUUAAGGGGGAUCUAUAUGAGGUAAUCAAAGAAUUCUUUGAGGGUAAAGCCCUGACCAAAUUCAUAACACACACAACAAUAGUCCUAAUCCCUAAAACCCCAAAUCCAGCCACAUUUGCAGAUUUUAGACCAAUAAGUCUUAGCAAUUUCUGCAACAAAAUAAUUUCAAAAAUAAUGGUCACAAGGUUGGCAGAGAUAUUGUCUAGACUAAUUGGUCCAUCCCAGGCUGGAUUUGUGAAGGAAAGAAAUAUAAUUGACAACAUACUUUUGGCACAAGAAUUGUGCCAUGGAAUGAAGGAGGCAAAUGAAGAUGUGGUUCUAAAACUGGACAUGGCUAAGGCAUAUGACAGGAUGUCCUGGAAAUGUGUCUUAGCUGUCCUAGAAAAGUUUGGUUUUUGUACAAAAUGGAUUGAGUUAGUGGAAAGAACCAUCAACAACAUUUGGUACUCAGUUGUGGUAAAUGGUAGUCAACAUGGUGUUUUCCACUCAACAAGAGGUCUAAGACAAGGGGACCCACUGUCCCCAAGUCUCUUUAUAAUAGCAGCAGAACUUUUGUCUUGUCUUUUGGGAAAAAAUGGGGUUACUUUUUCACAAGCUGAGGGGGGUCCAGGGAUCAAUCAUCUCUCAUUUGCAGAUGAUAUGAUCAUAUUUACUUCUGGGAAAGGGGGGGCAUUGAGUGAGGUGAUGAAAACCUUGGAGUGCUAUGAAAAACAAUCAGGUCAAUUUGUGAACAAAAAUAAGAGUGGCUUUUAUAUGCAUCCAAAAGUGAGGGGGGAAGUGAUCCAGAGAGUGAAAAAAACAACAAAAUGCCAACACAGGGAGUUUCCAUUCACAUACCUGGGGUGCCCUAUAUAUCUUGGUAGGAAAAGAGUGCACUUGUUUUCUUCUUUAAUUGACAGGAUAUCUGCAAGAUGCAAGGGGUGGCAAUCUAGGCUGCUGUCGCCAGGUGGCAAGGCAGUGUUGAUCAAAUCAGAGCUUCAAGCUCUGCCAAUGUAUAUAUUUUCAGCAAUAAACCCUCCAAAGGCUGUGAUCAAACAGAUAGAGAGGAUUUUUGCUGACUUUUUCUGGGGCAAAGUGGAUGGCAAGCAGAAAUAUCAUUGGAGCUCAUGGGAAUCAUUGACAAAAGCAACAGAUAGGGGAGGGGUUGGAUUUACUAGCCUAAAGGAAAUGAUAGCUGCAUCAGGAACAAGGUUGUGGUGGCAUUUUAGAACAGAAAAGUCCUUGUGGGGGGACUACUUGAAAGCAAAAUACUGUAAAAGAUCUAAUCCAGUCUGUAAAGUUUGGCAGUACAAGGACUCACAUUCAGGGGAGGGGGCUAUAGCAUCAGUUCUGAACAUAGGGGGAAAGAGAACAGCUACAGAAAGUUUGAGAGAAUUCUUCAGAGGGGAAAGAUGGGAAGUGGGGGAGUUGGGGGAAGGAGUGAGAAGAUUGACUGCCAGAGUGAGGAUAAGGGAUGGGGUCCAAGAUGUUGCUACUUGGAAACCUGAUACUAAGGGACAGUUUAGCUUCGCUGCUGCAAAAGCAUUUGAGAGAAAGCAAUUGGGUGAAAAAGCAUGUCAUAAACACUGGAGUAGGAAGAUAUGGGCAAACCAUGUGCCUUGGAAAAUGGCGUUCUUGUCUUGGAGAGUCUUCAAGAGGAAAAUCCCAAUGGAUGAUGUACUGAUUAGAUUUGGUUUCAAUGUGGUUUCCAGGUGUAGUUGUUGUUCAAGUCCCACUUUAAGCUCCUUGCAGCAUGUAUUUUGUAGAGGAGAAAUAGCUAGAGAAGUCUGGGGCUACUUUGCAAAAUCCUUGGGCAUUAAUCUGCAGAUAAGGUACUUGGAGCAAGUGUGUUAUAGCUGGUGGGGGAGAAAAGUCAAGAAUAGAUUGGAGAGGUUCAUUGUUCAAAGGCUCCCAAUGAUAAUAAUAUGGGAAAUUUGGGUCAGUUUCACUCAGUGCAAAUAUGGGGGCAUGAAUAUCUCUGCAGCAAGGAUCAAAUUUAAAGUGGCUAAGGUUGUGGCAGAAUGCAUAACAAGUAGGUGGCCUAUGUGGGACCCUUUUCCCCCUAACUGGAAUGUAAUUCUAAGAAGGGUAGAUGGGUUUGGUGUGCAGAGAAAAAUUGUGAAGGAAAGUUGGUGCAAACCUCCUAUGGGAUGGGUGAAGGUGAAUCUUGCAGAGAGUAAAAAUGGACAGAGCUACUCCUUCUUUAUCAGAAAUGGGAAGGGACAAUUCUGCCUAGCUGGAAUCUAUUCUUCUGAUCUCUUUGGGCCACAAAGCAGUUUAAAAAAGGAGAUAGUAAAAGAUGUGAGGGCUUGGUGUAGAAGAAAGAAAUUGUGUAGACUGGAAUUUGAGACGGAUGAACCUGGUUUUAAGUAUGACAAUGCAGGUCAUGAUGAUGGCCUGGAGAGGUGGAAUAGCUGUAGCUCAAGAGUGAACAGCUUGGCUGUUUGGAUUGCUAAUAAGUGGGAAGGUUUGAGUCUGGUAUUUUGGAAGGUUGGAAGCCUUCCCCAGGGCUUCAUGCAGCUGCUUGCUAUUGAGGGAGUGCCUCAUUUUGCUCUUCUCCCUGGACAAGAUCUGGCAUAG